AUGAAGAAGCCUGUAUUUCGCCUUCCUUGCGAGCUGUUCUGCCAAAUAUUCCAUCGGGUUGUCCACGACUACGUUCAUCUCAUCCCUAACCCCGUAGCGGAGCGCCAGGGCCGUCUUCGACCACUUGUAUACAACAACUCUCCAGCGGAUCCUACCAUUCUCGCGCAGGUCUGCUCAAGUUGGAGAGAGGUCGCUGUAGCUUUUCGCCCGCUUUGGUGCACAACUUUCAUCAAACACCCAUCCAAAUACCAUGUCCAUCGUACACACCUCUGGCUCGAGCGCUCCAACGGAUUCCCAUUGAGCUUGACGCUGAUUUCGCAGGGGAAUAUCAACGCGACGUGGAAGAUAAUGACCAUGCUUUUGGAAAGGUCGCGCGUGUGGCGUGAGAUUGAUUUCAGAUUGCCCAAUGCGGUGAUUCCUGCCUUUUCCGAAGCAUGCCAGAUAGCGGACACCUGUGAAAUGCUAAGAUCCGUGCGGUAUCGGUCUCAAAUCGAGGAAGAAUACGAUUACUUUGCAUCUGAAAACGGCGGCGAUAUGCAUGAGCUCGACGGCGUCAAAUUCGUGGCUCGAACUCUGGAAGAAAUAAAGCCGUAUUUUGACGACAUAUGGUCCUUUUUUUACUCCUCGCCGAAGCUCCUUCACGUCGCUUGGGAGUGGUGUUACAAUGGAAAUGUAUUUCCACGUAAUACGCCGUUUCGCGACUUGGCGUCGGUUCAAAUUGGGUUCGGUCUGGCCGUGAACACAAUGUUGGACGUCUUGGCGUGUUUGCCGAAGCUGAAAGUAUUCAGCGGCAAGGUGCUUCAAGAAAAUGCCUCUCUCCCACCACAGGUCUCUCUGCACCAGCCAUAUUGCCUCCCCCUAACGCUUCGCCGUCUCCGGAGUUUGGAAUUGAAGUCAGGUACCAGGGCGGUUGCAUCGCUGAUGGAAGGGCUUAUGCUACCUGCAUUGACCGACCUUCUUCUGGUCUACGAUCAGGAAGAGGAUGAAUCCCAGCCAUCUGAGGAUGCUGAGUCGAUACAGCAGCUUCUACAGAGAUCUCAAUGUCGCCUCGAGGCUUUAUCUAUUACGCACCACAAGAUGAAAGAUGAAGAAGCGCUGAGAUAUAUCACCAUCCCCGAGCUAGGCUACCUUUCUUGGCUGUGCCUCGUGGGGACUUUCUCGAAAGAAAUAGUCGCUGCUCUCUCUGCGAAAAAUCCCGAUGGCUCGCCCGUACUUCUACCUCAUCUGACCCUAUUAUCCCUCCACCGCAUUUACGGAAUCGAAGACGGGUUGUUAGCAACUCUCCUCCGAUCGCGCCAACCCACUCUGACAAAAUGUUCUUUAAUGACGGAUAGUCGCUAUGGGCCCUUGGACGACGCAUACAUGAUGGCCCAUAUGGAGUUGUGGAUUUGGGAACCCCAUUCGCACGUUCUUGGAUUGAGCGUCGUGUGCGUUAGAAAGGUACAGAACUGGUUGGGUGGAUUUAGGGCGGACCGUGAUAAAGAUUAG